AUGGCUGCCUCAAUGCGCACCAUCACGCGCCUUCCACGCCAGCUCUCCCGCCGCACAUUCAGCACCUCAACCCGAUACGCACAAGCACCCUUUGGUUCCGGCCCAGCACCACCCCGCCUCCCCAAAGAAGAACAAGAACUCUUCGAAAAGCUCCAGAAGCAAAGUACUGGCGCUUUCAGCACACCCAAGGACAUCGAAACCCCCACCUCGAAACCAAACAUCCGCAUGCGCAUCAACCAAUCUCCAGACUCGUCUCCUACGCCCGCUUCCCCCGCCUCACCGUCAAGACCGCAAAUCAACCAAUCGCCUGACUCGGCUCCGGAAGUAAGAUUUGAAAAUGGCAAGGAGAUUAAGAAGGGAGAGGAGUUCCAUCCGAAUAUGAGGAGAGGGGCGCCCCCGGAGUUUGAGGGCGAUGUUAAUCCCAAGACGGGCGAGGUUGGGGGGCCGAAGAAUGAACCGCUUAGGUGGGGGAGCGAUGCUACACGAGGGGAUUGGAGUUAUAACGGAAGGGUUACUGAUUUCUGA